UAUGUUUAUGUUUUGUAGAAAAUCACAUGCGCGUUUCCUUUUCGUGGAUGGAUUGUUCUGCUAUCAUCAAGCAACAGAGCAAGCACGAAAUGAACAUGCCUGAGCAGGGAGCUCAAGAUCAUCAUCAUCAUCAUCUUGACUCAUCUUCUUCGGAUCAGCUUGAAACUGGGUCUUUGAAUGACUUGUCUUCGCUCCUUCAACAACUUCCCAUCAAGAGGGGGCUUUCAAAGCAUUACGAAGGGAAGUCAAGGUCAUUUACUUCGCUAGCAAACGUGAAAUGCAUGGAGGAUCUUGUCAAGGUCGAGCACCCUUGCAACAAGAAGUUGAAGUCUUGCAAAAGCUAUGUGGGAUUAGGGGAGAGCCAGAGUCACAGAUCAUCACGCCCUCCUAUGGCUUCUUCCUCCAGCCCUAGGCUCAAUAUUUCGAAGAAGUUAUCCAAUUCCAAGGGCUCCUGCUCUUUACUCUCUGUGAAUAGAAGCGGCAGCUUUCUGAGAAGCGGCUCUCCGGCCUCCCCACCUCACAGAUCGACCAGUUCAAGUAGUAUUUCGAACCAAACCCCGGCUUUGUUAGCCUAGAAGGAUUCGUGGAGUGCUACGUACAGUUUCCGUUCCCUUAUUUCUCGGAAAACAAUUCAUUAGGCUUUCUAGAAUCCUGCUCACGUGGGUGAUCAAGAAAUGGAUCGAAAUCACUCGUCUUUUCUUGUGUAUCUAGGAAUUAACUUGCAUUUGCUUUUAUGGUUUAUUGUUUCGAAAACCAUAAUUAAUGCAAUUUUUUUUUUCUUUUAUUUCAAAAUCUGACCAUUAGUGAAUGAACUUCUUUUGAUUUAUUUGUCUUUAUGGGGCUGACAUUCAUGGAAGUGAGGGAAGUAUUCCCACUACUAGUUUUCUAUAACAUUGACACGCUCUGACUUAUUUGUAGCAACCCCUUUUCAUCCCAAAUUUAGUGUAUAUAAGUAGCCAAGGUUCACUUUAGGUUGUAAGUGCAGCAUUUUCCCUGCACAUGCAUUGCAUUGAUCCACCUUCUGAUUAUCUGA